CUGGAUCUGGAGCCGCUUCCUCUUGGCCGUACAGGUCGUGACGCUACAUUAAAAAUCCCACAAGCGCGGCUGGAUAUCCGCGGUGUUUUGACCGCUGGUUAUUGAAAAGACCGGGCGAUAAGGUCUGACUGCAGUGGGUGCUGUUGGUUGGAGAGCCCGCUGACUGAACUUGUGAGGAGAGAGAGGGGGGGGCGGCUGUGCGCUCUCUUCCCGGCAGAGUGCGUCCCGCUCCCCACACACACACACACACACACACACAUCGGGGUCAUUCUACUUCCAGGCAGCUGAAUGGUUUCACUCCCGCACCUCCUGAAAAUCGCACAUGAACAGUCUGAGGGACGCCAGCAGACCUGCCCUACCUAUGCACCUUCUGCGUGCGUCAAAGAAACUCUAUUGUUUCUUCGUUUAAUUGUUUUGAGACGCUGGUUCCCAUCUGGUGCUUUUGGAUUACUGAGAUUACGGCGCGUAACGUUAUCAUGGAUGUAUGGAUAAAGUUGAUGUUGUUGUAUAGCUGCUGCUUUGGAGCAAGUGCAGACUUUGAUGGCAGGUGGCCACGGCAGAUGGCCUCGUCCAAUGGUCUGUGUCGAUACGGGGCCAGGGUGGACUGCUGCUGGGGAUGGACACGUCGCUCCUGGGGUCACUGCCAGCCUCUCUACGCCUUAACUCACAGAGUAGCCGGGAUAAGGUGCCAGCCCCAAGCUCUGUGCCAGCCUGGCUGUAAGCACGGAGACUGCGUGGGACCCAAUAAGUGCAAGUGCCACCCUGGUUUCACCGGCAAGACCUGCAAUCAAGAAGAAGAGCUGGACUAUUUAACCCCACCAUUGUGGGCCAGUCACCUUCCUAUCUUUCUUCCUGUGGACCAUCAGCCAGCAAGAGGUGCGAUGGAGGACCUGAAUGAAUGUGGGCUGAAGCCGAGGCCUUGUAAACACAGGUGCAUGAACACAUACGGGAGUUACAAGUGCUACUGCCUCAACGGAUACAUGCUGAUGCCUGACGGGACCUGUGGAAACGCUCGCACUUGUGGCAUGGCCAACUGCCAGUACGGCUGCGAGGUGCUGAAAGGAGAGGUCCGAUGUCAGUGUCCGUCGCCGGGGCUACAGCUGGCUUCUGAUGGAAGAACCUGUGUGGAUGUGGAUGAGUGUGCAGCAGGGAUUGCAGUGUGUCCUAGGUUCAGGAAAUGCAUUAACACCUUUGGUAGCUACAUCUGCAAGUGCCAGGAAGGCUUUGACCUGCAAUAUGUCAAUGGGAAAUACCAAUGCAUAGAUGUGGAUGAGUGCUCUUUAAGUCAAAGCCACUGCAGCAGUUUUGCCACCUGCUACAACACGCCGGGCUCAUACAAGUGCAAAUGCAAAGACGGCUACAGGGGGAUGGGCCACGACUGCAAACCCAUUCCUAAGGUGGUUAUUGACCCCCCGAGACCAGGCAAACUACCUCCAAAUCAUCACAAUCAUAUUCCCAACAUGGAUCAGAAGAGGACCACCACCACCAUCCACCCGCCAGUGACUCAAAGGAGAAUCAUCCACAUUAUUCCCAAAUCAACAGCCGCCACCACAACAACAACAACCACAACAACAACCAAAGCACCACUGCCUCCAAAGAGGGUCACCCCACAUCUACGCAAGCCGGCAGUUCCCACCCGGAAGCCCUUUGUCCCAACCAGGAAACCAGUGGCACCCACACGCAAGCCCUACAUCCCACAAAGGCCAGUGACUCCCACCAGACUCCCAACACCGCCACCGGUCACACCAGUAGACAACACCAUUCAGAAGGAGGUCACCAAACAGAGAGGGGAUGUCCACAUCCCUCGGAACCACGACCAUAACACUGUCCUCGGCAUCGACUUUGACAUUGAGCUCGGCAACACGGCAGAUGAAGCCAAGGACGACCCAGAGUCGGGGUAUCUGAGCUGCUCCUUUGAUGAUGGUCUUUGUGGUUGGAUCAGCGACAAAGACGGAGACCUGCACUGGGAGACGACGCCUGAUCCGUCAGGUGGUCGGUACCUCACCAUUCCCGAGGUAGGCAACAAGAGGACUGGGCGAGGGGCCAGACUGGUUCUCCCACUUACCCCUCCCUGGAACGACGGCAAUCUGUGCUUGUCGUUCCGGCACAAGCUGGCUGGCCACCAUGUGGGCAUGCUACAAGUGUUUGUGAAGAAGGGAAAGCAGUACAGCCCAGCAGUCUGGGGCCGGACAGGUGGAAAUGGCUGGAGGCACACCCAAAUCACAUUAUGGGGCACAGGCCUGGAAAGUGUGAUCCUGAAGGGGGAGCGCGGGCGAGGCAGGAGUGGCGAGAUGGCUGUGGACGACAUCACCCUGAGGAAAGGCUCCUGCACAGAGGAGCACAAUCUGAGGAGACUCUGACUGACAGAACAGAGAAAGGCAGAAAGAAAACAAGAGGGAAAAUCAUCUCAAAGAGAACUGACUCUGUUGUGACAACCCCUCAGUCUGCCUGGGCUCUCGCUAAUACCCCCCACCCCAACCCUCCCAGCCAUCCUGUAAACGAUAUCUGAAAUAUUGUGCAUCAGUACAGAACAUUGGGUUUCUCUUUCUCGACUGUCCAUGAAUAAAAAAAAACUGAAUGGAAUAUCAUGGGCGGAUCACAGCAGCAUAUCCCCGUCCUCUCGGCCUCCCACUCACUCCAUCACCUUGUUACUCUGAAACCUGCAUGUACCUACUUACCAUGGAAAUGUCCUCUACCUAACACAGCCCUGGCAGCCUUCCAGCCACACUGCUGAGAGGCUCACAUUCACUUCAUUUCUUCCUGGAGAGAGGAUCCUUCCCUCACUUAGAGGUCUGCUUUUGCCUUGCUUUGAUCCUUUAACCACAAGCCAUUGCUUUUUAUUUGCUUGAUGUUAAAAGAUGUGGCCAGAGGUGCAUUUUGUGACUGUUUUGAUCAGCAAAAUAUCAGAGAUGGUAGACAUUUAUUUGAGGGUUAUAGAUUUAUUUUAAAGUAUGAACAGACAAAUUGUAUUUGUCAUCAUUUCUUUCUAAUCCAGACAACUCCAAUUUGGAUAUAGACCCAAAUUAUAAAACCAACUACACUCAGUUUAGCCCUAUUUUUGUUGGUCUAAUCUGAGUUUUUGGUAUUGUAACUCGUCUAUAGCACAGUUCUGGCUGAAACUGUGCAGCUUUUCUUUGUUGUCACAGUAUUUCAAAAAUUUGUUUGGUAGAAGGGGGUUUAAAAAUUUAGCGCCUUUUCUACCCUGAUCUUUAUUGAAGCCUCCGAAAGUUGUUUAAAACCGCCAUGGUCAUGUUUUUCAGAUACUUGAAAUGUGUCAAACAGAAUCAACGUACGAUUCUGGACACUUGCAAAUCAACAGUUACUUUCUAUUAUACAGUAUGUGCUUUGUUAUAUUAAGUGCAGUUUGUUAUAAAGAUGAUACCAACAAGUUUUUAGGCUUUCAGAAAUUGUAUUAUUGUAAAUGUAGUUGUGUGUACAUUCUCUAAAGAUCUACAGUCCCAUUUGUUGCGUGGUUUAUACGUUCUGUAAUUUCAUACAUGAGUAUUAAUUGGAUUUCAAAAUGGUAGGUAUUUCAACUUUUAAUUAAAGAACAUGUAUACAGAUGGAAACCUUGUGUAGUGCGAGGCUGUGUUUCAAGUGCACAAAAUGUGUAUGUUCAUGUGUUAUGGUAUAAUGCUCUAUCUGUAACUUGCAAAGCACAUAGUUGCAUAUUGUAUGCUGUGAUAAUGAAGGGCAUCGGCUGGAAUUUUAAGGUUUUCUGUAUGCAUGGGUGCAUUCACCGAAUUCAGAUUUAUCCAGACCAGUAUGUAAAUAAAAUACAUUUGACUGAUA